AUGCUGACAAGAAAAAAACGUAAAAAUCUUACGAAAACAAAUGACUACUUUAAAGAAUGGUUGGCAGUUUGUUUUAAAGAUGACAAUGUAUUAUAUAUGUGUCCAAAUGUAUAUCCUAAACAAUCUACAAAAAUUGGAUUAUAUACUAUGAUAAAAUGGAAAGAUGGGUUCAAGUAUAAAGCUAAAAUAUUAACAAAAGGAAGUGAAGAAGACGUUAGUCUUUAUUUAUCGAAGUUGGGUAAAUAUUUUUAUACGUUUACAAUAACUCAAGGUGAAAAUGGUACAGCUUCUUCAACUAAUACAGUGCUACAGAAAACAAACAAUACAACAGGGGAAGUCACUAAGUCAUACUUGAAUAAUAAAAGAACAACAGGUAAAAACGUACUGAAAAAGAAUGUGUUUAAAGGCAUCAAGAGUAAUAAUGAUGAUUUAAUGACUAUUACAUUACAACAACAAUCAAAAGUUGAAACUAAAGAUAUUUCAACACAAAACAUAAAUGAGCCCUAUAUGACAGAAGUUGUUAAUAAUAAUAGUUUAGAAUUGACUUCUGAUUCAGGCCAACAACAAUCAACUAUUACAGAUGUACCAACUGGAAAUGUUAACGAGUACUAUCCAGUUAAAGCUUUAUAUGAAAAUGUAUCAGAUAUUAUAGAAAAACAAAACUAUGUUGAGCACAAUGAAACUGAUUUUGAUGAAUUAACUGCUAAUUUAGGCCUACCAUUGCCUUCUACAGAUGUAUCAACUGGAAAUGUUAAUGAUUACUAUCCAGUUGAAGCUUCACAUGAAAAUAUAGCUGGAACUAUUGAGAAACAAAACUAUGUUGAGCACAAUGUAACUGAUUUUGAUGAAUUAACUGAUAAUUUAGGCCUACCAUUGACUACUACAGAUGUAUCAAUUGGAAAUGUUAAUGAUUACUAUCCAGUUGAAGCUUCACAUGAAAAUAUAGCUGGAACUAUUGAGAAACAAAACUAUGUUGAGCACAAUAUAACUGAUUUUGAUGAAUUAACUGCUAAUUUAGGCCUACCAUUGACUACUACAGAUGUAUCAACUGGAAAUGUUAAUGAUUACUAUCCAGUUGAAGCUUUACAUGAAAAUAUAGCUGGAACUAUUGAGAAACAAAACUAUGUUGGGCACAAUGUAACUGAUUUUGAUGAAUUAACUGCUAUUUUAGACCAACAAUCUGCUACUACAGGCGCAUUUAAUCAAAACUUUAAUAAGUCUUAUUCUAUUGAAACUUUGUAUAAAGAUUUAUCUGAGGUUAUCGAGCUACAAAAUGUUGUAGCACAAGAUUGUGAUGAUGCUAAUGUUGAUAUAUUGACAACUGAUUUGGAUCAACAAUCUUCUAGAACAGGCAGUUUAUUUGAAUCUGAUACAGAAACACAAGACAGGUAUCCAGGUUUACGGCCUAAAACUAAAAAUGUUAAACCUGUAUCUAAUGACAGUUCAGUAAGUUCAGAUUAUUCUGAGUAUGAUUCUGACUAUGUGCCUCAAUCUAAUAAAGCUGUCAGUAGCAAAUUGUAUGAUUCUGAUAAAGAAGAAGAUAAAGACUUUGCUAAUUCAUCAGACAUCAAUAUUGAUGAGUAUGAGGAUGAAACAAAUAUGGUGCAAACAUUUACUCCAAGUGCAUCUAAAAUAAGUUCAGAGAAAAUAUCAGUGCCAUUUAUAACAAAUAAGUUUAAUUUUGACGGUGAAGUUGAAAAAAGUAAAAAAAACUACUUCUUACAAAAGAGUUUGGGACAAAAAAGACCAAUGCGUUUUUUGUGAAAAAAAUGUAACAA